GGCUCGCGGCUGCCAUGGCGUCUGGGCCUCACCCCGGCGCCGCCUCGUCGGCCGCCGCGAGCGCCAGCGGCGCCAGUUCGGCCUCGGCCGCCCCCGUCGCCGCCGCCACCGCCGCCGCCGGCACGGGCGGGAUCCUCAUCGGCGACCGCCUGUACUCGGAGGUGUCGCUCACCAUCGACCACUCGCUGAUCCCCGAGGAGCGCCUGUCGCCCACGCCGUCCAUGCAGGACGGCCUGGACCUGCCCAGCGAGACGGACCUCCGCAUCCUGGGCUGCGAGCUCAUCCAGGCGGCGGGCAUCCUGCUCCGGCUGCCGCAGGUGGCGAUGGCGACGGGGCAGGUGCUGUUCCACCGCUUCUUCUACUCCAAGUCCUUCGUCAAGCACAGCUUCGAGAUCGUCGCCAUGGCCUGUAUUAACCUCGCGUCCAAGAUCGAGGAAGCCCCCCGAAGAAUCAGAGACGUGAUCAAUGUCUUCCACCACCUUCGCCAGUUGCGAGGAAAAAGGACUCCAAGCCCCCUGAUCCUUGAUCAGAACUACAUUAACACCAAAAAUCAAGUAAUCAAGGCAGAGAGGCGGGUGCUAAAGGAGUUGGGAUUCUGUGUUCAUGUCAAGCAUCCCCACAAGAUCAUUGUUAUGUAUUUACAAGUCUUAGAAUGUGAACGGAAUCAAACCCUGGUUCAGACUGCCUGGAACUACAUGAAUGACAGUCUGCGGACUAACGUGUUUGUCCGGUUCCAGCCAGAGACCAUUGCAUGUGCCUGCAUCUACCUGGCUGCCCGUGCUCUCCAGAUCCCCCUGCCCAGCCGCCCACACUGGUUCCUGCUGUUUGGCACCACAGAGGAGGAAGUCCAGGAUAUCUGUGUCGAGACUCUGAGGCUCUACACCCGGAAAAAGCCCAACUACGAAGUACUGGAAAAGGAAGUAGAAAAAAGGAAAGUUGCCUUACAGGAAGCCAAGUUGAAAGCGAAGGGAUUGAAUCCAGACGGCACACCUGCACUAUCCACCCUGGGAGGUUUUUCUCCUGCCUCCAAACCAUCCUCACCAAGGGAGGUGAAAGCAGAGGAGAAGUCUCCUACCUCAGUUGCAGUGAAGACAGUGAAGAAAGAGCCAGAGGACAGGCAGAUGGCUUCCAAGAGCCCUUACAAUGGCGUGAGGAAAGACAGCAAAAGGAGUAGGAACAGCAGGAGUGCAAGCCGUUCCCGCUCACGAACGCGCUCCCGGUCCCGUUCCCACACUCCCCGGAGACAUUACAAUAACCGGCGCAGCCGCUCAGGAACCUACAGUUCGAGGUCCAGAAGCCGGUCCCGCAGCCACAGUGCCAGCCCACGAAGACACCACAACCAUGGCUCCCCACACCUGAAGGCCAAGCCAGCCCGGGAGGACAUGAAGGGUGCCAGCAGGCAUGGCCACAAGAGGAAAAAGUCACGUUCCAGGUCCCAGAGCAAGUCUCGGGACCAUGCAGAGGUUGCUAAGAAACACCGGCAUGAACGGGGCCACCACAGAGACAGGCGUGAGCGUUCACGCUCCUUCGAGAGGCCACACAAGGGCAAGCACCACAGCGGUGGGCGCUCAGGCCACAGCAGGCACCGGCGCUGAGGUGGCCCAGCUCAGGUUGCUGUGGCAGUGGGUUAGGGUUUGAUUACUCCCCAGGACACUUCCUUCCAAAAGAACUAUGUUUUUUGGGUUUUUUGUUUUUGGUUUCUUUUUUUUUUUUUUUUUGCACAUUAAAAUGCCCUUAGCAGUAUCUAAUUGAUAACCAUGGUCAGGUUCAAUUGUACUUAUUAUAGUGUGUAUUGUUUAUUCCUUCCUAUAAGAACUGGAGCGUGAAUUCUGUAAAAAUUGUAUCUUAUUUUUAUACAGAUGAAAUUGCAGACACUGUUCUAUUUAAGUGGUUAUUUGUUUAAAUGAUGGUGAAUACUUUCUUAACACUGGUUUGUCUGCAUGUGUAAAGAUUUUUACAUGGAAAUAAAAUGCAAAUCUUGUUUUUCUAAA